AGCCCCGCCCAUUUUAAUCCCUCGCUCUGUGGUCUGAAUUUUUGUUUUUGCUGUGAUUGCCUGCUCUUUGCUCAGCUAUGUGACUCGAUUCGGAGACACACCUCGUCCUGCGACAAACCUAUCUGCUCUUCCUUCAGCUCUGAAAGGCGGAAAAGACGCUGUUAGCUGUGUUGUCGCUCUCCAGCAGAGGUGGAGGAUUUAUUCUGGCUUCUCCUCGCGCCAUAUUCUCUCCGGUUAGGAGCCUUUUCCCCACGGAGCUCGUUGGGAGAGGACCUACGAUGUUUUGAGGCUGUUUUUUGUUCAUGUCAGUUGGCUGCAUGGACCGGGCAGCUGUUCUCUGGGCAGUUUUUAUUAAUUUGAAGAGCAUGUUUGCAGCGGCAGGCCAAGGUGGAGACGGACUGGAGAUGUCCUCAGGCUAGCAGCGCUAACGUCUGCUGACCAUAGCUAGGUCGCAAACAUUUAGAGUUAGCUUAGUGGUUGGAACAACAUCCCAGUCUCCAGAGGGUGCCUUUAAAACGCCACAGUUUCAUAUUUCCCACUGUAUUUUUAGGACAACGAAUAAAUAAGUAAAUAUGUAACUUAAUGGAUGUUUGUUGCGUGAAACAACUCACGUCCAUCUCUGACCCCAGAGACUAAAGGUACUGUUUACUAAUGAUACACUCACGUUAGAGAUAUUUAUUUCUACACCACCAUUCAUUGAAGUAUUGAUUUGUUUAACAAAGCAUCGCCAGGUGGGAGGACAACAUGAUAACGAACUAGUUAGUAACCAAAUAAGAGGUGUGAUAAGAGGACGAUCGUCUGCUUGAAGCAUUAAAUCACAUCAAGGCGACCUGUUUACCACCAUGGAAGGAAACGUACAACAACAAAAAACACCCCCUUUAGCCCGGGAGCUAACGAGAGUGUUCAGCAGCUACAACAAACACUCCAUACUGCUGAAGAAGAACCUGAAGGAAACUCACGUCUUCUUCCGAGAAAUCAGACAGAACUACAGCAACGCCUGUGCGUCAACCAUCAGCUCAGAUUCAGCGUCUCUGGAGGCAGUUCAGCUUAGCUGCAUCUCUUUCCCGAGUCAUGAAGAAGAGUUCCUACGCAGCACCGUGGGCGCUGCCCCGUACAUCCUGGUUCUGGGCCAGGACUGCGCUGCCCGCUAUCAGCUGCUCAACUGUCUCCUGGGGGAGAGGUUGUUGCCGCUGGGCACGGAGCUUGGAGAGGCCUGCCAUGGAGUCCAGGGGAUCAUCUGUAAGAGGAGGAAGCUGUGUUUCACCCAUGGGAGACAAACGCGGCUCAGCUUGGCGCUGCCCGGUCAGUACGAACUUGUGCACCAGUUAGCUGCUAACCGAGGCCGGUGGGACACGGUUCCCCAGGAAGACCUGGAGAUUCACGAGGAGUGUGAGGACCCUGCUCACAGGCUGGCAGAGCUGGAAAUCACUCUGCACCAUCCUCUGCUUCAGGAAGUGAAGGUGAUGGUGGUUCCUUGCCACAGCGUCCAGCCCAUAGAGGAGGCUCUGGAAGACUGCACUCGGAACGUGAUUCCUGUCAUACUCUACGCCAUCAACCAGGACUCUCUGAGCGCUGAUCAGGUGGCUGAGCUGUGGAAGGUUAAAGAGAUGCUCUCCUUCCCCAUCUGUUUCCUUCGUGUCCCCGACGCCUCCCUCGCUGCCUCUCCAGAACCUGGCCGCCGGGCUGAGAAGGAGAGGGAGAAAAGCGCCUUACACAAGCACCUAGUCUCGCUUGGCUUCAUAAAUACCCUGACAGGAAAUUGUUCCUGUGGGGCCCCAACGCAGAUCACCGCCCCAGGGGCCAAGCCCCAGAGCAUGCUGGGUGAAUCUUUUGAAAGACUGAAUCGGUUGCUGGUCCCGUUCGCUCGCCAGGUCCUCCAAAACCAACAAGUGGAGGCUGCCAACUUGCUUAAUGGGGUUCACUGUCGGUGUCUAGAUCUUUUCAUCAAUCAGGCCUUUGACAUGCAGCGGGACUUACAGAUAACCCCCCGCAGACUGGAGUACACCCGUGAGAAAGAGGGGGAACUCUUCAACUCCUUGAUGGCAAUCGCUAACCGAAAGCAGGAAGAGAUGAAGGAGAUGAUUGUGGAGACACUCAGCAGCAUGAAAGAGCAGCUACUGGAGGAUGCAGCCAACUUAGAGUUUACAGACAUCAUUGUAACUACCAACGGAGAGCCUGUUACGUCAAAGGAAAUAAAAUCUUGCAUCCACCUGAUCCAGGAGCUGAUAGUGGUGCGUUUGAAUCAGGCCGUGGCUAACAAGCUGAUCAGCUCCGUGGACUACCUGAGGGAGAGCUUUGUGGGGACUCUGGAGCGUUGUCUCAGCAGUCUGGAGAAGUCCAACAUGGAUUCUUCUGUUCACAACAUCACUUCUAAUCAUCUAAAACAGUUAUUAAAUGCUGCCUAUCAUGUGGAGGUCACCUUCCAUUCUGGAUCUUCAGUCACAAGACUCGUCUGGGAGCAAAUCAAACAGAUAAUCCACCGGAUAACGCUUGUGAACCCGCCCGCCAUCACUCCUGAGUGGAAGAGAAAAGUUGCACAGGACGCCAUAGAAAGUCUCAGCGCUGCCAAACUGGCCCGAAGUAUCUGCUCCCAGUUCAGAACCCGACUGAAUAGCUCUCACGAGGCCUUCGCAGCUUCUUUACGCCAGCUGGAGGAAGGCCACACUGGGCGUCUGGAGCGAACUGAAGACCUGUGGCUGCGUGUGAGGAAGGACCACGCCCCUCGACUGGCUCGCCUGUCUCUAGAGAGCCGCUCCCUGAGGGAUGUGCUGCUGCAUGGCAAGCCAAAGCUGGGGCGGGAGUUGGGUCGGGGUCAGUAUGGAGUUGUGUACCUGUGUGACAGCUGGGGAGGACACUACCCGUGUGCCCUCAAGUCUGUGGUUCCACCGGACGACAAACACUGGAACGACUUGGCUUUAGAGUUUCACUACACCAGGUCUCUGCCUAAACAUGAGCGGCUCGUAGACCUGCACGGUUCUGUGAUUGAUCACACUUACGGAGGCGGCUCCAGCAUCGCUGUGCUGCUCAUCAUGGAGCGACUCCAUCGAGAUCUCUACACAGGCCUGAAGGCUGGUUUGUCUCUGAGGGAGAGGCUUCAGAUCGCCCUGGAUGUGGUCGAGGGGAUGCGUUUCCUGCACAGUCAGGGUCUCGUACAUAGAGACAUUAAACUAAAGAAUGUUCUGUUGGACAAACAGAAUCGAGCUAAGAUCACCGACCUGGGCUUCUGUAAACCAGAGGCCAUGAUGUCCGGCAGCAUCGUAGGAACUCCCAUCCACAUGGCUCCAGAGCUGUUUACGGGGAAGUACGAUAACUCGGUGGACGUUUACGCCUUUGGGAUCCUGUUCUGGUACCUCUGCACCGGAUCAGUGAAACUCCCAGAAGCCUUUGAGAAAUGCUCCAGCAAGGACCAGCUCUGGAAUAACGUUAAAAAAGAUUCGGUGUGUUUCAGGUUCCAGACCGGAGCGGGUGGCUGGUUUUGAUGAGGAGUGCUGGCAGCUGAUGGAGGCCUGCUGGAACGGAGACCCCUCUCUCAGACCUCUGCUAGGUAUCGUGCAGCCCAGCCUGCAGAGCAUCAUGGAACGUCUGUGCGGCUGCGGCUCGGAGCAGAAAAGCAGCAGCCUUGAGGACUCAAACUGAAAACACUCCAGAUGAACUAACAGCUACGUGAUUCUUAUCAGAAGAGGAUUUGUCUUGUAUUUAUGAGGAACAGAGCAGCGUCAGGUGGCCAACCAAGUCCCGAGUUCCUCCCUGUUGGAUUUAUUUAUGAGGAGCUGCCAGACGCCAGGCGUGUGCAGAUAUACUUGUUUUAUUGUUUGUGCGUGGUGUAUUUGUAUACAAACUCCACACUAUGCUUCUCUGGUAGCUGCGGCGCUAACUGCUACAUUCUUGUAGAGUUUACUAGAUUCAGAUUGUUUUAAAGAGUAGUGCAUUCCCAGUAUUAUAAAAAGCAUAAAUGUAAAAGAUUAAUUUUAGAUUGUAUUUAAACUGAACAUGUCUGUGUGUAUUCAAAAACAUCUUUUUUAAUAAAAUGAUCUGUUACAAA